CCACGCUGCGCCGAACUCUCUCUCCUGACAAAUCUACACUCACACACAAUCCCCUCCCCCCAAACACACUUGAAAAUACCACACUACCCCUCUCCCAUCUUCUUCUUCCUCAGAAAACCACCACUCCCUCCUCUUUCCGAAUCGUCAAUGGAAGACUCCCACUCCGACUCUGUCUCUCGCUCUCAGGAAGUCCAAAGCACUCGUUCGGAGCUUCGACCUCACAGCUCCAAUGGUGAAAAUCGUGGGAUUUAUGGCCAUGAGCGCGUGAGAGAUGCGAAUUCGGAGGCUGCUGACUAUAUCGGUAACGGAUCGAUCAACGGUGCGAAGUACAGGCUCAUGUCACCUGCGAAGCUCCCGAUCUCUAGGUCCCCUUGUAUCACCAUACCUGCGGGCCUCAGUCCGACGUCGUUUCUCGAGUCCCCUGUCCUUCUCUCCAACAUCAAGGCAGAGCCUUCUCCAACUACCGGCUCCUUUUCCAAGCCUCAACUGAUGCAAGGUUUCGGUGGUACUGCUGCAUUCUCGUCAACCACAAAUUGUUCCACUAGCAAUACUUUUGAUGAAAGAAAAUCCAGCAGCUUCGAGUUUAAAUUCCAAACUGGAUUUAAUUAUGUUUCAGGAUUGUCAUCGACAGGACCUGCAACAUCUGCAGGUUUCAACCAGCAGCAAAGUGAAUCACCGGAAUAUGUCCAAGAUCAAUGCCAGACUCGGUCAUUUGCUUCGUCUCCUUUAGUUAAGGGUGAAUUGGCAGCCUCCUCAGAAGAUUUUAGUCUAUCUGCACCUGUAAAUAUGCUUACUUCAGGGGUUGCUGUACCUGCUGGGAUUGAUUCUGAAGAAUUAAGCCAGAGAGGGCACAAUACCAUUGGAAUUCAAGCAUCACAGCCUGAUCAUAAAGAUACGGGGCCUUCAGUCACAGUUGAAAGGUCAUCGGAUGAUGGAUAUAACUGGCGAAAAUAUGGGCAGAAACUUGUUAAAGGAUGUGAAUUUCCACGGAGUUAUUACAAAUGUACAUAUCCUAAUUGCGAGGUGAAAAAGAUUUUUGAACGUUCUUAUGAUGGACAAAUUACAAAGAUUGUCUAUAAGGGUACACAUGAUCAUCCUAAACCUCAACCUAGCCGCCGAUUUACUGCUGGUGCCCUUAUGUCCAUCCAGGAAGAAAAAAGUGAUAAGGUUUCAUCUUUAACUGAUCAAGAAGACAAAUCCACUGUUAAUGCCCACACUUGUGACGUUGAGCCAAAUGGCACUCAUGUGCUAUCUCCUCGACAAGCAAAUGAUGAUAGUGUAGAAGGUGCGGCCUCACAAUUUAACAGUGUUAAUGACGAGGUUGAUGAGGAUGAUCCAUUUUCAAAGCGGAGGAAGAUAGAUGUCGGUGGUGUUGAUCUUACAUCAGUGGUGAAGCCCAUCCGUGAACCACGUGUGGUCGUUCAGACUGUGAGUGAAGUUGAUAUACUGGAUGAUGGGUAUCGGUGGCGUAAGUAUGGGCAGAAAGUGGUCCGAGGCAAUCCAAAUCCCAGGAGUUAUUACAAGUGCACAAAUGCUGGAUGCCCAGUUAGGAAACAUGUGGAGAGAGCAUCGCAUGACCCCAAAGCAGUUAUAACUACAUAUGAGGGAAAACACAAUCAUGAUGUUCCUUCUGCGAGGACUAGUAGCCAUGACAUAGCAGGACUCACAGCAGGAAAUGGAGUACCAAGGAUUAGAUCAGUAGAGAAUGAUACAAUUAGCCUUGAUCUUGGGGUGGGGAUCAGCUGUGGUGCUGAAAAUGGAACCAAUGAGCAGCAGCAAACACUGGAUGCUGUGCCUCUCCAAAGCCAAGUGCAUGUUACCACUUCCAAUUCAAACAUAGUUCAAGCUUCACCAUUUACCGCAUUCUAUGGUGCUACAAAUGGUAGCAUGAAUCUGUAUGGAUCUAGAGAAAAUCGUAUUGAAGGUCAUAGUUUUGGGAGUCCACCUUUACACCAUUCCUCCGGCCAGUAUCCGCAAAACCUUGGAAGAAUACUUUUGGGCCCGUGAAAUUGUUACCGAAUUUCAAUGAAAAAUAGAAUAAGAUGCCACAGGUAUUAGUUUUUUUUCGGCUUCUCUGUGGGUGAAAAGCUGAGAGAAAGUAUCUCAGGUUGAUGGUAUAAAUACUUCAUUAAAAUGUUGAAGAGCUGGUCUUGGUGUAUACUUUUACUGCUGCCUUGCAGUUACUUUCCUUGUGAGUGUGUUGUUUGUGGGAUAAUAGUUUUCUCGAAUUCGUAUGUUGUGUAAAUAUGAACAGUAGAGUUGCAUCUUCUUACCAAAGGACAAUGUUUAUUGCAGAAGUGCUUAUCAAAUUUUUUUUUUCUUUUUUAAGGAAGUACUAUAUAACCCAAAUUUACAAUUUAAAUUUA